AGUUAUACUAUAUACACAAGUGUCACCGCUAGACAUUAUAAGCCACAGUGUUUCUUGUACUGGCUUUGUUACUGAGGUCCAGGGCAGCAGCUUGAUGCCGGGGACCAUCUGUCUUUAGAAAACCUGGAGAAGCCACAAUAAGGAAGAAUGUCUCAUGAAGCUAUAGCUGACUUCGAGCCAGAAGGGCAACAGGAAAUACGACUGCAGGUCGGAGACAAAUUUCGGAAGGUCAAAGAUGUUGGAAAUGGAUGGGCUAUUGGGACAAACAGCAGGACCAAUGAAACUGGGGUUUUCCCAGCAUCUUACGUUCAGAAGGUGGAAGGUUUCACCACCAAUAUCAUACGCAGGCUCACGAAGUCUAGAUCUCGCAGGAACCAGGAACCCAUCGACACUGAGAAAAGUCAAGUCGAUAGGCCAACACUAGAACCAGAUGCGGCUGUAAUGAAAAUGCAUGACAUGAAGACACACAUGGAAACUGAUACCGAGGAAGACGAUUCAGACAGCCCCGACGACUUCGACACCGAGAACGAUAUGAUCAGUGACGAUGAAAAUGAUAGAAGUAUGCAUGGCGAAGAAAAACCAGACGAGGCCAGAGAGAAACGUUUAAAUCAAAUUAAAAAUUUUGCUGAUCAACUUUUUUCCAGUGAACGAAAUCAGUUUGCUUGGCAAAAAUCUGUUUUCGGCAUUAUAAUGGGAGUAGUGUCUGGCGUUGGACUUUUCUUCCUGUUGGGUUACGGUUACAGUAUCAGGCUGGAUAUCGCAGGAUAUAUUACUCUGGGUUGUACCCUUUUGUUCUGUCUCGGCCUGGCUUUGUCAGUCCAUUGCCGGUGCAUUGGCCUACUCAUGCUGCCCAGUCUUGCCACAGCCCGUGGUCGAGCCCUCCUUCUUACAAUUAUUGUUAGUAUUCUGUUGUCGGGACCGAUUCAAAACAUAUCCAACAACGCCAAGGAAGUAUCUGCGGCUAUGGCCUGCAGCAUGUCUGUGAUCUACAACCAGAGCGAUUCACUUAAGACCCAGCUUCAGGAGCCAAUCAACCAGGCCGCAGAUCAGAUCGAAGAGAACACGAAAGGACUACGAGAUAUCGGAAAUGCCAUAGAGACGGCUUUUGGACCAAUUUCCAGCGCCAUCAACGCCAUUGACAGCGGAGCACAAGACGCCAAGGCAGCUCUUAACGCCGCUUCAGUUGAAUGUAAACGGCUAUUCAGUGGCGCCUACACCUCGUGUGUUACUGAAAUAAACAAUGCAAAGACCAAAUGUGUGAGCACGCUGGGGUCCCUGGGACUUAACCGGAAACGGCGGGACACAGUCAAGCAGCUUAAAGAGUUCAUGUUGGAACACAAGCACAUUACCUUAGCCCUACUAAUGAAAGGGGAACAUAAAAGGUUCAAGCGGGGGUUGACUGACGUCUGUAACAUCCUAGAUGUGUCUGGUAUAUGCCAAGUCGUCAAUAUAGGGUCAGUCGCGUGCGCCCCGGUGGAGGCUCUGGAUUCAGCAGCCAAUGGGAUCGCCAAAGAAGUCCAAAAGGGAGUAAAUGAAAUUGAAAGUUGGUUUGCGUUUGAUGUUAUCAAAGAACUUGGACUCUCUGGAUUAGCUAACGCCACAAAAACUCCCCGAGAGUUUAUUGAUGAAGUGGAUGCAAGUUUGAACUAUAAUAUAGACUGGGUACAAUUCGGAGUGACACUGUUGACAAAUUUGCUAGCCCUUACAUUGGUUCUUCUGUUGAUCCAAUCCUUUGUCUACUUGAAGUCAUAUAUUUCCCAAGAUGAGUACAACAACGUUUAUAUAACAACGGCCUUCAAAGCGUACGACAAAGAGCGAGAAACAAAUGGGGAAUCGUUCAUCCUUCCACUGAAGAAACGAGAAAAACGUGGGUACACCGAUACCAAAUCUCUGAAGUUGUCCCCAACGGAGGUCCGGAACAGCACAGCGGGGAUGAUACAAAUUAUUCUACAUAUGAUAUUCGCUUUCCUCAUAGUUUUUUUUGACUACAUACUCUACUAUUGCGUCUAUCUUAUAAACCGUUACGGUCGGGUGAACAUUGAGCUGUCGGGACAGAGCAGCAUACUGCUGGAAAUCACAGGCACAGGCCAGGUAGCCAAGCUGAUGCGAUCGCUUAUAACAGGGAUAAAUCUCAACAAUGUGUACGAUGCUGAUUUCAACGUUACAAGCUGUCUCCCUAAUCCUACCGAGCCCAACUUUAACCUAUUCUAUGCUUACGCUGUCGUGUACACACUAGCAAUAGUGGCGGUUCUGUCCCAGUCCUACAGUCUUCGUCUAAAAAGGAAGAUAUGUGCUUAUUAUUACCCAGAACAGGAGGUGGAAAGGACAGUGUACCUACACAGAAAGAUACGACAUGACCGCAAAACACACCAGCUGCAGCUCAAACAACAUCUCCGCAGCAUGAAGAAGGAGAAACGGAUGUCGAAGAAAUACGAUAGCAAAAUACCAUUUGCAGACAGGUUUAGGAAAAAGAAACUAGAAUUACGAACCUGUCUUAACUGUGGAUCAAACGAAGGUAAAAACCUCAAGAUGGUGACUUGCUCCAAUGCAACCUGUUCAGCAGAUUAUUGCGAAACCUGUAUGGUCGAAAUGGGUGAAAAGUGUCACCUUUGUGGAGGAGGUGUCAAUUAGACACAUACCAGACGGAGAUGAGGAGGCACAGGUGCUUAACGCGAUUGAAAAACAUAUCACCAAGAUCUUUAUCUAUGAAGAAGAACCUAAUAUACUAUUUUCUCUCACACUCUCUAUAUAUACACAUGUGGUUGAUGUAUUGCAGUAUGGUCGAUUUCCCGAAGCAAUAAUAAAGCGCCCGAGACAGUUCAUUUUAUCGGGCGACCUCGGAUCUAUAUUUCUGAAUGCCAAAAUUGGUGAACGCACAUUGGGUGUGAACUGCAGAAAAAACAUAAAGGGAAAAUUCGUCAAUCGUCAAUUAUAGUAAAGAACGGAUUCAGUUCAUUUUGCUUACAUAUGCCAAAGUUAAAGUGGUCCCUUCAGUGUUCGUAUAUGUAAAAAAAGAUACAUUUAUGCAUGUACUAUUUUGGCAGUUCGGCAGCACUUCUGAACUGAACAUCUACCAUGCGCUUAAAAAUCGGCCAGUCAGGGAAGUUGUGUCGCGGCAGUCCACCUACUGUGCGGUCGGGUCAGCUAAAGUAGGCGUUGGAACAUUUUGUAUACAAUAUAAUAAUUUUCUGU